AUGAAAGCUCAUCUACUUGUCGGCUUAGUCGCUGCAGCCAGCCCAGCUUCUGCCAAGGGGCCUUUUCUGCAGCAGAUCAGCUCAACGUCAUGGAUCUUUGGCAACGACAUAUGGAACCUAACACAAGGCCAGAUCUACGCCACAAAUCUGCAAUACCAAGGCUCAGAUGCUGUCAAAAGCGCACCAGAUGGCGAGUCUAAUCUCCAGUAUACAGCUGCCAAGAUUGUCUCGAAUACAUCGAAAUAUAUUGACAUUAGCUUUUCAUCCACGUACGGAGACCUUCACUGGGUCAUCUAUCCCGAUCUCGCCGGUGCCUAUCAAUACUUUGUCAACAAAGCGCUCCCAGAUAUCUCCGUCUUCCGUACUCUGUGGCGUCUUGAUCCGGCACGGUUCACGAAUGGCUACACUACGACCAAAGAUGCGCCGCUUCCGGACUUCUCUCUAUAUACGAAUGCGACAGAGGUGCAAGACGAAACCUUCCAGAUCGCUAAUGGAUCGUACAUCACUAAGUACGACUUCUCGAAUUACGUGCGCGAGAGGGACUUUAUCGGCGUAUAUGGCGACAAGACUGGCUCAUGGUACAUUCACCCGUCAUAUGAAUAUCAACCUGGAAAUCAGUUGAGUCAAACUCUGACUCCCGUAGGCAAAAUCUGGGGUCCGUGGCUUUGGUAUCUUAAUGAUGGGUCUGUGGUGGAUGCACACAAGCGAGCCGAGAAAGAGCGGAAGACAUGGCCAUAUCCCUUCAUUCAGGAUGAUUCGUAUCAUUCUCGUGGCAAUUUAAAAGGCAAACUCAUUCUUUCCGACGGCCGCCCAGCUGCAGGUGCCGCCAUCUUCCUCGGCGAUACGAACACAUCAACUCGUCCGCUGGUUCAGGGCUCCAACUACUACUACACCACAUAUGCAGACGCUUCCGGCAAGUUUUCACUAGACUAUGUGCGGACUGGCGAAUAUGGACUCUACGCAUGGUCAAAUGGCGGAGCACUGGGCGAUGUCUACACAAAUUUCACAACUAGCAGUAUCAGGAUUACGAAGGGCAAGACCGAAAAUCUGCGCACACUGACUUGGGAAGUUCCGCAGGAUCGCAUUCGCGUUUUUCAGAUCGGCGAUUUCGACAAGAAAGCACUGGGCUUCACGAAUGGUGGCGCCCCAAGGCAGCACGGGCUGACCGAGAAGAGUCCCGCGAACCUAACUUAUGUGAUCGGUGCCUCGAAGACUUCGGACUGGUACUAUGCAUCUUCCAAGCUCGGCUCGUGGGAUGUCCUCUUCAACACCACGCGCCCAAGCACGAAUGCCACCGCGCUGCUCUCUGUGUCUCUGGCUGGCUACUCCCAGAGCACUGGACUUACCAUAUACUUGAAUGGCAACACAACAAUCGGUACGAUAAAUAAGGACACGCAGACAAGUGAUCCGGCACUUUACCGCUCCGGCACAACUAGUGGAGAAUGGCGAUUCUUGCAGUAUGAGCUUCCGAGCUCAGGUCUGUACAACGGGCAGAAUGCGUUGAGUUUUACAGUUGAUCGGUACACUCAAUGGCGCGGCAUACUCUGGGACAGUAUCAUUCUGGAGUGGGUGAAGUAG